UGGGAGUGCCCUCCUUUGUGCUUUCCUAACACUCUUAUCAACUUGGGAAAUAGACUCUUACUUUGUUUCUUCUUCUUCUUCAAUUCAUAUCCUUAUCUUUCAUCUGCUUCUUCUUCACAGUCUCACAGAGAAACCCAGAGAGAGAUAUAGAUAGAUAUAGAGAGAGAGAGGGAGGAGAGAGAUGGGAAAUUGUCAGGCUGUGGAUGCAGCGGCACUGGUUAUUCAGCAUCCUAGUGGGAAGAUGGAGAGGAUGUAUUGGCCGAUAAUGGCGAGUGAGGUGAUGAAAACAAACCCUGGGCACUACGUUUCUCUCAUAAUACCUCUGCCCAUCGCCGCCGCCGAUGAGAAUUCCGACGAAAAAACCGUCAGGUUUAGCCGUGUCAAGCUUCUCCGGCCUACUGAUACUCUGGUUCUGGGCAGGGCUUAUCGCCUAAUUACUACUCAAGAGGUGGUGAAGGUGCUGAAAGCUAAGAAGUAUGCAAAGAUGAAGACAGAUUCACAGAAACAGAGUUUAGGCUGUGAAGUAGAAGUAGAAGAAGAAGAAGCUGAAAGUGAAGAAAGGAAAAACAAUCAAGGCAUGAGACAUGAAAAACGUAGGCAGAGGGGUGGGGCAACGAACCAGGGUGGGGUGAGGUCUAAAUCAUGGCGUCCAUCAUUGCAGAGCAUUUCUGAAUCUGGUGCAGGGAGCUGAUGAAUAUUCUUGAGUAGUUGGAUGUAUAGCUAAAAGGAAAAUCAAAAACAUGCAAUGCCAGAGAACACACAAGAUCAUACUAAACUGGAAACAGCAUUGGACGCUUUUUCACAUGUUCUUGAUUGAGAGCAGAAUUAUUGUAGCUAGCUAAGCUAGAGUUCAAAAGAUCACCCUUGAUAGUUGUUAAUACAUAUGCAAAAAGUUCCUGCAAUUGGGUUUUUAUUGGUGUUUUUUACCCAAUCUAAUCAAUGUAUAUGUUCAAGAAAUCAAGAGUUCGCCUAUCAUCUGAUAUCA